AGUGGAGAGCAGAAACGAAGCAGCCAUGUCUGAGCUGGUCCCAGAGCCACGACAAAAACCAGUGGUCCCAAUGAAACCCACGGGCAUCAACACCAACCUGCUGGGCUACAUCGGCAUCGACACCAUCAUCGAGCAGAUGCGCAAGAAAACCAUGAAGACAGGUUUUGACUUCAACAUCAUGGUUGUAGGUCAGAGUGGACUGGGAAAGUCGACGUUGGUGAACACUCUCUUCAAAUCCCAGGUGAGCCGUAAAUCUUCAGGCUGGAACCGGGAGGAGAAGAUCCCCAAGACAGUGGAGAUCAAAGCCAUCGGGCAUGUGAUUGAAGAAGGUGGUGUCAAAAUGAAGCUGACUGUGAUCGACACACCAGGAUUUGGGGACCAGAUCAACAAUGAGAACUGCUGGGAGCCUAUUGAGAAAUACAUCAACGAGCAAUAUGAGAAAUUUUUGAAAGAGGAGGUGAAUAUUGCAAGGAAGAAACGGAUCCCAGACACACGAGUGCACUGCUGCCUCUACUUCAUCUCCCCCACGGGCCACUCCCUGCGCCCCUUGGACCUGGAGUUCAUGAAGCACCUCAGCAAGGUAGUGAACAUCAUCCCAGUCAUUGCCAAGGCUGACACCAUGACCUUGGAGGAGAAGACCGAAUUCAAACAAAGGGUGCGCAAAGAGCUGGAAGUAAACGGGAUCGAGUUUUACCCCCAGAAGGAAUUUGAUGAAGACCUGGAGGAUAAAACAGAGAAUGACAAAAUCAGGCAGGACAGCAUGCCCUUCGCAGUGGUGGGCAGCGACAAGGAGUACCAGGUGAAUGGGAAGAGAGUCCUGGGCAGGAAAACGCCUUGGGGGAUCAUCGAAGUGGAAAACCUCACUCACUGUGAAUUUGCCCUGCUUCGAGAUUUUGUCAUCAGGACUCAUCUCCAGGACCUAAAAGAAGUGACCCACAACAUCCACUACGAGACCUACAGGGCCAAGCGGCUGAACGACAACGGAGGGCUGCCCCCCAUGGCUGUGGAGACGGAGGAGAACCACGAGAGCAACCUGUGAACGACC